AUGUCAGAUUGCAUUAUACCCCUGCAGAUGUCAGUCAUAGAGGAUGCGAUUUGUCUCCUCUUCCUCCUUCGCAGACCGGGCGUAGCUUCCGGGAGAACCUCGUGGCCUACGUGGACGAUCGCCCUCAUCGUCUUCGGCGUGUUGGCCGUGCUGGCCGUGACCAUCGGCCUCCUCGCUUACUACCUGGCAGUUGACAAGAAGGUCUUCUAUUACCAAGGCACCUUUAGAGUCCAGGACGUGGAUCUCGACGGGAAUGCUGGAAAGCAGACUUCGGAAGCCAGUUCAUUGCUGAGCAAGAAAAUUGAGACUCUGAUGGUCGUGGCAUUUCAAAAUUCUAACAUUAACCGGUACUACGUCCGAUCGCAUGUCAUCAAACUGUACCAGGACCCUAAAGGUUCGAUGGCCCAGAUCUGGCUGAUGUUUCAGUUCCCGCCGGCCAGUAGCGCCCAGAUGAAGGCAAGAAUCCACAGCGUCCUCCUUCAGAUGCUCAAGAGCAAUGGAGACUCCGUGACGCCCGAUCCUUCUUCCCUGAGAAUCACAGAAAUCAGCAAGAGCGGAGCAGAGAACCUCCUCAACAGCAGCUGCGGGAUCCGGGCCAGCAAGUCGACGUUGGCAUACGACAGGAUCUCCGGGGGCACGACGGCGCUGGAGGGAGACUGGCCGUGGCAGGCGAGUCUGAAGAUCAGAGGCCAUCACCGCUGCGGGGCCACCCUCAUCAGCAGCACGUGGCUGAUCACCGCCGCUCACUGCUUCAAGGCGAGCAGGAAUCCGAAUGACUGGACGGCCAGUUUUGGGACUGUGCUAAACCCUCCGUUCAUGCCACGUAGCAUCCAGACCAUCAUCUUGCACGAGAAUUAUAACGACAUCACCAAGGAGAAUGACAUCGCGGUUGUGCAGCUCUCCAAGGCCGUCCCGGCGAUCAACAACGUCCACCGGAUCUGCCUCCCCGAAGCCACCCAGAACUUCUCCGCCGGCACCACGGUCCUCGUGGCAGGCUGGGGGGCCCUUUACGAGAAUGGGCCAAGCCCCUCAAAUCUUCAACAGGCCUCGGUGGAAAUCAUCGACACGGACACAUGCAACCAUCCUGAUGUAUACCAAGGCUUGGUGACACCCACGAUGCUAUGCGCAGGAUUCUUGGAAGGAAAAAUUGAUGCCUGCCAGGGAGAUUCUGGGGGUCCUCUGGCUUACCCCAGUUCUAGAGACAUCUGGUACCUGGCGGGAAUCGUCAGCUGGGGAGAGAAAUGUGCUGAGAAGAACAAGCCGGGAGUUUAUACUCGAGUAACCGCCUUCCGCGAUUGGAUUACCUCAAAGACUGGGGUUUGAGUCGGAAGACAUUUGGCCACCAAACCUUUUGUGUUUAGGACAUACUUGACUGCAACACACACACACACACACACACACACACGUACACAUACACAUAGUGGAUGUUUGUAUAUAUGUAUGAAUGCACUGUCUUUCUAAGUUGAGGAUGCCCUUACCGACGAUGCCUAAAGGCUAUUUAAUUUGCAGUUCUAUGUAGUUUGAAACCAAACAACCCCCAUCAUUUACUUCCUGGAAGGGAAAUCCUGUUUUUCCCCAAGGAAGGGUCUGUUCUCACCCAUUCGAUUGCUUCAGAUCUUCCCUCCUGAAUUCCUCCUUUUGAGGAAAACCACG